AUGUCCUCGAACAAUCGCAAGAAGCUUCUUUUAAUGGGCCGUUCUGGUUCCGGAAAAUCCUCAAUGAGAUCCAUUAUUUUUAGCAACUACUCUGCUUUCGAUACUCGUAGGUUAGGAGCCACCAUCGAUGUCGAACAUUCUCAUCUCAGAUUUCUGGGCAACAUGACUUUGAAUCUGUGGGAUUGCGGUGGUCAGGAUGUGUUUAUGGAGAAUUAUUUCUCGCAGCAGAAGGACCACAUUUUCCAGAUGGUCCAAGUACUUAUCCAUGUGUUUGAUGUCGAAUCCCAAGAAGUUAUCAAAGACAUUGAGAUUUUCACUAAGGCCCUGAGCCAGUUAAAGCAGUAUUCAUCGGACGCCAAGAUUUUCGUCCUGCUUCACAAAAUGGACUUGGUCCAGCGAGACAAGAGACAAGAGCUUUUCCAAAUAAUGAUGAGUAAGCUACAAGAGACGUCAUCGGCAUACGGUUUCCCCAACCUCAUUGGGUUCCCUACCUCUAUCUGGGAUGAGAGCCUUUACAAAGCGUGGUCUCAAAUUAUAUGUUCUUUAAUACCAAACAUGGCCACUUAUCAGUCCAAUUUACUAAAGUUGAAGAGUGUGAUGGACGCUAGGGAAAUCAUUCUUUUCGAGCGAGCUACUUUCCUUGUGAUAUGUUCUAGCAAUACGACUACGGGUGAGCUCUUAGACCCAAAGCGGUUUGAGAAAAUUUCUAACAUCAUGAAGAACUUCAAGCAAAGUAGCAUGAAAUUGAAAAGCUCCUUCAAAACAUUGGUGCUGGACAACACUAUAUUUGUGAGUGAACUGUCCUCAAACAUGAUGUGCUUUAUAGUACUGAACAACUCGGACGGUCCACAGGAACUGAUACUUGAAAAUAUAAAAAAGGUAAGGGUACAUUUUCAAUAA